GAGGUGGAACCAGCAGCACCCGAGAGCCGGCGCCCUCGGUCCGCACCCCUUCUUUGCCGGCCGGCGCUUCGGCUGCGCAGUGUUGCCCAAGCCUCGAGACUUAGUGAGCAGUGUCUUUCAGAACUUGCCCGCAUAACUAGUUCCGAUGGCUGGGAAUAAAGGAAGAGGACGUGCUGCUUAUACCUUUAAUAUUGAGGCAGUGGGAUUUAGCAGAGGUGAAAAGUUACCCGAUGCAGUAUUGAAACCACCCCCACUAUUUCCUGAUGCAGAUUAUAAACCAGUGCCACUGAGAACAGGAGAAGGUGAGGAUUAUAUGCUGGCCUUGAAACAGGAGUUGAGAGAAACUAUGAAAAGAAUGCCUUAUUUCAUGGAAACACCUGAAGAAAAACAAGAUAUUGAAAGAUAUAGUAAAAGAUAUAUGAAGGUGUACAAGGAAGAGUGGAUACCAGAUUGGAGAAGACUCCCAAGAGAGAUGAUGCCAACGAAAAAAUGCAAAAAAGCAGGCCCCAAAUCCAAAAAGGCAAAAGAGGCAGGCAAAGGCACUUCACUCACUAAUACUGCAGAUGUAUUGAAAAAAAUCGAGGAAUUGGAAAAGAGAGGUGAUGGUGAAAAAUCAGAUGAGGAAAAUGAAGAGAAAGAAGGAAGCAAAGAGAAAGGUAAAGAAGGCGAGGAGGAGGAGGAAGAUGAUGCUGCAGAACAAGAAGAAUACGACGAAGAAGAGCAAGAAGAGGAAAAUGACUACAUUAAUUCAUACUUUGAAGAUGGAGAUGAUUUUGGCGCAGACAGUGAUGACAACAUGGAUGAAGCAACCUAUUAGCUGUGAAAUUUCUCAAAAAAUAUUUCUAUGUUACAGCUUCUGAACAUUUGGACAGAUUUUUUUUCUAUUUUAUUUCUGAUAAAGAAUGAGUAUUUUAUUUUUGUUCCUGUUUUGUUGUACAAAUAUUUGUUACCAAAACAUUCAGAACCACUUUGAGUUUGUGUACUAGUUAACUUACCAGUUAGUCUCUGACACUCUGACAUUCCUUCUCAAUACCUCUGUCAUCCCUCUUAUGUAUUCAACUGGAUUUUUUUUUUGUAUUAUUUGGAUUAGAAUGUGCCUAAAGAGUUUUUGCAUCUUUUAAUCUAUGUAUUCAUACUUGAACAAAUUAUUCUUGUUUAACUGCUGAUCUUUUGUAAAACUAUUACUAGUCAUCAUAAUGGAUUUCUGUAAUCUGAAAGUUGAUUUAGUACUGCACAUGGAGCACUUUAAAAACAGAGACUUGAAAAUAAUUUUAUCUUUUACUUUUACAUGGUAUGUUCUGUGCUACUAUAUUGUGACUACAUAAACCUAUCUGAGCUCUUACAAGUGCAUAUUUUAUGAGAUUAGAAGUUUUGUGAUCAAAAUAGGGAA